AUGUUUUUGUUUUUCAUCCGUAUUUGUUCUUUCAUUGAUUUACUUCUUCUAUUCUUUUCUUUUUUAUCAUGUCAUUCAUUUUCUUCUUUUAUCUUCUUUCUUUCAAUCAUACUUAGUCCUUUUCUUUAUUUCAGUUAUUUUUUUCCUUUUUUUUUCUUUCAAUCAUUUCUUGUCUUGUUUUGUUCAAUCAAUUUUCUGUUCUUUUCUUUCUAUCAGUUGCAUUUCAUCAUCAUCUUUCCUUCAAUCAUUCUUUCUUUCUUUCUUUCUUCCUUUCUUUCUUUCUUUCUUUCUUUCUUUCUCAUUUCCCAGUGUUUGUCUAUUGCCUUUACUUUUAUUUCCUUAUUUUCAUUCACGUUCUACUGUUUUUCCUCUUUCAAAUUUUUUUAUGUCCAUUUUCUUUCUUUCUUUCUUUCUUUCUUUCUUUCUUUCUUUCUUUCACAUUUCCCAGUUUUUAUCUAUUACCUUUACUUUCUUUUAUUUCCUUAUUUUCAUUCAUGUUCUGUUUUUCCCCCUUCUUUCAAAUUUUUUUAUAUUCAUUUUCUUUCUUUCUUUCUUUCUUUCUUUCUUUCUUUCACAUUUCUCAGUUUUUGUCUGUUGCCUUUACUUUCUUUUAUUUCCUUAUUUUCAUUCAUGUUCUACUGUUUUUCUCCCUUUUCAAAUUUUUUUUUAUAUCCAUUUUUUGUCUAUUGCCUUUACUUUCUUUUAUUUCUUUGUUUUCAUUCACUUUCUACUGUUUCUACCUUUCUUUCAAAAUUUUUAUAUCCAUUGUCUAUUUUAUUUCUUUUGUUCUCAUUCAUGAAUUAUUUUUCUGUCCUUUUCUUUCUUCCAGUUGUGCUUCAUCCUCUUUUUUCUUUCAAUCAUUUCUUUCUUUAUCUCUUUUUUGUUCUCUUUUUAUCCAUUUCAUAUUUUAUUUAA